AUGGCCGCCACCAAGCACCUGCCGCCUUCAUCCACGCAACAUGCCAAGCGCACCACCUUCAAGUCCCGCAGUAGCAAGGUCGCUGCCCCUACCAAGCGCACUAGUUCCUCCUCUAGCAAACCGAAACCGCAACCAAUGUCCUCUACAGCCACCACAAAGACCACCGUCACCUCCAACCCCGAAUCCCCCUUCUCCGCCAACCGCACCCACAUCCCCACGCCCUAUCAAACACGUGUCUACGCCCACCUGCUCUGCAUCCCCCCGGGACGCGUGAGCACCUACGCCUCGCUGGCACGCGCACUCGGCACGUCGUCGCCGCGCGCGGUCGGCGGCGCGCUGCGCACCAACCCGUUCGCGCCGGAGAUCCCCUGUCACCGCGUCAUCGCAUCAACGGGCUAUGUGGGCGGCUUCAUUGGCGAGUGGGAGAAGGCGCCGAGCGGGUUUAAUCAGACGCUCAAAUUGAGGCUGUUGCGGGAGGAAGGGGUCGAGUUUGACGCCAACGGGAAACUUGUCAGUCAGGAUGUGUGGUUCGAUGGGCCUUGGGAUACAUCGCAUACGGAAGGGGAAAUUCAGACACGAAUUGCGGCGCAGGCUGACAAGGCCAAGCAGGCGAAGGUGGAGUAG